AUGAGCGAACGAACAUGCUUUGAUGAAAGAGAUAGCAGCUAAAUGUCUUAGCAAACCAGCUAGUUAAAUAGCUACGAACGUGCUAACCUAGCUAGUGGCAAUGCCCUAACUGAACGAGUUAGCAAUGAAGCGCCACUGAGGCCGUGGUGUGCAGGCGGCAUGUUUGGCUCUUGCAGCUUGUCUAACCGUGUUGAGUGAGGGAGCAGAUAAUACGAGGGACUUUUUUACAAAAUCAGGGGCACCAGCACAAUGGAAUGUGCAGUAGACAUCCCGUUGGGUGAGGAUGAGGCACCUGAGAAAGAUGAUAUAAAUGCCAAGGAAGGGAAUGAGCCACCCCAUAAGAAAAACAAGAAGCACAGAAAGCACAAGAGCAAGAAGAAGAAAAGGAAGAGGAAGGGGGAAAAAGAGAGCAGUUCAGAAUCUGGUGCUGAUUCCGAUGUAGAACCACCACCUCCACCGAGACCUGUCCGGACUACCAGAGCCAGUGCCAGACUGGCAGCAGCUGCAGGAGCUGGAGACCAUGCUGGUCUGACGGAGGAGGGUAAAAGGGAUGCGAUUACAGAUCGUGUGGACACGGAGGGAGAUGCAAAAUCAAAAAAACACAAAAGACACGCUGCUAAGAAGAAGAAAAAGAAGAGGAAGAAAGAUGAAAAGCAGGAGAAGAAAUCCCCAUCUCGCUCCCCAUCUGAAAGCAGCUCAGCCUCAGGUUCUGAUUCUGAAGGUGAAGGAGGCAAAGGAGCUGGUGAUGGCAAAUACUCUCCAGCUGCUGCAUCUGAUUUGCAAGAUCCAGUGUCCAAAGUGGGUUCAAAAAGCAAACGAGGGGAAGAGAAGGUGGUCCCCAUCCUCAUGCAGAAACCUGAGGUGCUUGGAGUGAAGAAAGAGGAGAUUUCAAAUAUGGAUGUGUCCCAAAUUGGAGGGAAGGGCAGUAACACCAAUGGAUCAGAAAAUGAUAUGUUGUCACCCUCUGCAGACCAACAUGAGAUAACACAGACAGGAACAGUUAGGGUUAAGACAGAGGGUAGUCAUGGAGACGGUGCAUUCAGCCAUGCCCACGAAUUGCCUGAUAUUAUCCCUAAACAGGAUGGUGCUACUCCAAGAGAUGACCCAGGCCUGAAAGAUCAGGCCAAUUCAGUUCAGAGGGGAAAGGUCAAGGAGCAUGAUACAUCCAGGUCCAGGUCUCCUUCCCGUUCCAGGUGCCUUGACAUAAAGAGGUCUGGGUCAAAUCAUAGUCGGUCACCAACACCUAGUCCGAGUAGGCAGCAGUCCAGUGGUCAGACAGCAACAGCAAUGAAAGAAAGGUCAAGAACCCAUUCCAGGUCAACCUCAAAGGGAAAACGGUCUACAACUCCUCUAAAAAGUCGGCAUCUGUCCCGCUCUCAGUCCCCUAAAACAAAGAGGAGGUCACUCUCCAUGUCGCCCAAAUCUCUCAAGAGAGCUAGCGGUCCGUCCCGGUCCACCUCUCGCUCUCUCACCCCCAAGAAGAAGGUGUCAAAGUCGCCAAGGAAGUCCAAGUCUCCUAAACGGCGGAGAAAUUCCAUGUCUGUUUCCCCAAGGCGACGCCGGAGUUCACCCUCUCCUAAAAGAAAGGUGUCACGAUCCCCUAAACGUGGUGGGCGGAGGUCCCCCUCGCUUUCGCGGUCGCCAAGGAGAAGUCGAAGAUCAGAGUCACGUUCCCGUGGAGGCACAAGGCGCUCCAGGACCCGCUCACCCAGACGAGGUGGUGCAGUUGGCAGGCGAUCACGUUCACGCUCCGUCACCAGAGCUCGUCGCUCCUCCUCUAGAUCCAGACGCCCUGUUCGUCGCUCCAGGUCGCGAACACCAGUAAGACGUACAGGAGGCAGACGUUCCAGGAGCCGAUCUGUGUCUCGACGUAGGAGGUCUCCACCCCCCAGAUCCCGCCGCUCACGCUCCCGGUCGAUCCGCAGGAGCAGACGAACUAGAUCACGUUCCAUUGUAGUCCUUAAGCGCAGCCGUCGCUCCAGAUCCAGGAGUCCCCGCAAACGGACCAAAUCCAGAACCCCUCCCCCCCGACGGCGGUCUAAAUCUAGAUCACCAGUAAGAAGGCGCUCUCGGUCCCCUGCCAGGAGAAACCGUUCUCCACCAAGGUCUGGCAAACGCUCCAAAUCCCGCUCGUUGUCUCGAAGGCACCGGUCAAAGUCACAUUCACCACUACCUGGCAAGAGGAGGUCCAAAUCUCCCAAGAGGAGUGGAAGAAGGUCAAAAUCUAAAUCUCUCUCUGCAGCCCCUAAUUCCAGGUCCAGGUCUGAGUCAAGUGAUGGGCAGUCUGACAGCUCUUCCCCAGCCAGAUCCACAUCUUCCUCACCUGUUAAAACAAAGAAGCUUUCUUCUCCUGAUGUAGAGCAAACAGCUGGUGAAAGUGGAGGAUUUCCAGCUACAACGGGUGGUUGGAAACCCGUGCCCUCAGCAGCUGCCUCCAGCCCCCAAGCUGGGAGCUCCUCAGAUAAAUCACAGGAGCAUCUUGCUCCCAACCAUAACAAGGAGCAGAGGGAGCAUACCAACUCAUCCAAUGAACAAGAAAUUUCCAAGUCCAGGUCUGGUUCCCCAGAGCCUAACCGAGAUGGGUCAGAUUGUUCAGAAGGCUCAGAUGAAGAAGAGGAUUCCUCCUCUCCAGUUAAAAUGACAUGUAAACGCCAGAGAAGCUCCUCGGUUUCACCAUCUCCAGAAGUGCAGAAGACGCAGCUGUCCAAGUCACCAUCACCUGCAGAUCGCAGGAAACUCUCACGCUCAACUUCAUCACCUCGACGAUCAACAUCUAAGACUGCAUCCAGAAGGAAGCAAUCCAGGUCCAAAUCUCCAGUGAGGAAAAGAGAAUCUGUCUCUCCGUCAGAAAGGAAGAAGCGACGGUCUAAGUCCCCUGCCCGGCGGCGACGGUCACAGUCGCGUUCUGCAGCACGCCGUAAGCGUUCACGCUCCAAGUCGCGAACCAGAAUCCGCAGGUCCAAGUCUCGCUCUCCAACCCGCAAGAGGCGAUCCCGUACCCGUUCACCUAACACCAGAGGGAGGAGGAGGUCCAAAUCCACAGACAGGAACAAGCGAUCCAAAAGCCGCUCCACUGGCCGGAGGAAAAGGUCCAGGUCAGGAGACCGAAGCAGGCGAUCUAGGUCUCGUUCCUCUGAUCGUAGACGCAGGUCAAGAUCAAGGGGUCGAGGGAGGCGGCCAGUGUUCCGCAGUCGUUCAUUUGAUAGACGGGACAGGUGGAAGAGGGAACCUAGCCACUCUCCAGUUCUCAUCCUGCGCAAACAGCGCCGCUCAGGGUCCCGGACACGACGCAGCACCAGCAAGACUCCUCCACGGCUCACUGAACUGGAUAAGGACCAGCUGCUGGAGAUAGCUAAGGCUAACGCUGCUGCCAUGUGUGCUAAGGCGGGGGUUCCCAUUCCUGAGAGUCUUCGGCCAAAAGCCAUCCUCCAGCUCCCUCUACCUACUCCAUCUCCUGCCCCCCUUUCCUUACCUCUACCUUUACCUCUCCCAAUGGGCAUGGGGAUGCCCAACAUGCCCAACAUGCCCAACAUGGGUCCAAUGGGGUUACCCAAUAUUCCAGGAAUGCCCAGCAUGUCAAACAUCACUAUGAGUGCUGCUAUGGCAAGCAUGACAGCAGCUACUAUGACAGCUGCCCUGACCAACAUGGGUGCCCUGGCUGCCAUGCCUCCCCUCGCUCCACUUCCUACCAUCACGAACAAGCCUCCCCCAUGCCUCGCCCCCCCAACACCAACCCUUAACCUGGACCACAUCGAGGAGGCAAAGAGGAAGGUCACCCAGCAGGCUAAUAUACACACCAUCAAGGAGCUGACUGAGAAGUGUAAGAUGAUUGCAAAUAGCAAGGAGGAGAUGGCCAUUGCUAAACCCCAUGUUUCAGAUGAUGAAAGCUAAAACCGCCAAGCCCUCACGCCACUCCCGUCAAAGGACUGAAGGAAAAUAUAUUUUAAAAAAUGCUUUACAGGAGGACCUACCUUUCCACAGUUCCCUUUGGCAGCCAGAUAACCUGACUGAGCCUCGUAAACCACCUAGAAGAAGAAGAGCACCCUAGUUGUCACAGUUAGAAUAUAGGAGCACCGGCACCAGCCACUGCCCCACUCAGCUCCCUGGUUUGUUUCUGUUUGUGUGAGAGCGCGAGAUACUGGCAGACUGUCACCUGCGAUACCACUGAGAAAACUGGACACACUGACGUGUGCACAGUUGUAUGACUGUAUAGUGAGUCUGUGUGUGUGUGUGUGUGUGUGUGUGUGUGUGUGUGUGGUGUGUGUGUGUGUGUGUGUGUAUAUAGUGACUUUAACUACCAACCCCUCAGUGUUGCUGCUUGUUCAAGCAGUCACUGUUGUAAAGACUGAAGAGGAAACAAACCAAACUAACUAGUGACGCAAGUGUUUUUGUAAAAGAUUAGUUUCUCUAAAUUUUGUUUUUCUUUUAUGCUUUCUUAAAGGUUUGUGUCGAGUGAUUCCUUGUUCUGCUGUAUUCCCUCGGUCAUCUCUAGUCCCUGGUUUUAUAAACAAAUAAUGCAGAUAAAGUUUUGGUAGAUCCUCACGUGAUUUGUUUUCAUAAGCCUGGGUCUCCAGGGCAAGAGAGUGCCGACAUGUUGUGAAUCCUGGAACAGGGUGCCAGAUCUGAUUAUUUUGAAGGAAGGGAAUAAAUGAAUAUAUUAGCUGCAAAAAGAAGGAGGUUUGAAUUUUGGCUAUGAGGAGGAGUGAAGAUUAUCAUCUCCAUUCGUAAAACAUCAGCUAUUACUGCCCUGGGUGUGAAUUUCUUUACCUAUAUUUUAAAUGACACCUUGACUCCUACCUGGUCUUUCAUCAGGGCUUUGUUGGGAUUUCUUCUACUUUAGAAACAUGUUUGCUGUAGAUUUGAAAGGACAUUUCAUCUGCCACAGUCUUAACUCCAACAUCUUAAAAUGUUGCACAGAAAGAAUAUUGUAUAUCAUUAUUUCCUGGAAAUUUCCAUGAUGUCAUUUUAAAACUAGAAGAAACAUUUGUAUGGUUGAUGUUUUUUUUUUUUUAUCUUUUGUCAUCUAGGUUUGACUUUCAGAGCAAGUGUCAUUUGAAAACACUGCUUGUUGGCCAUCUUUGAUGUCCUAAAUGUUUGGACCUUGCUAACGGCACAGUACCUGCCAUAAUACUUGAAACUAGUGGUAAAAAUCCAGAUUCAGAUCAUAACUAAGAUUUGGGUGAGCGAACCUUGAAUCACCAAGAUUAGCUUUGUCAAUCUACAGUUUUCCUGAUUCAAAACAAGAGUGACGAAAAUACUCAUUCUUUUUAACUUCAUACUGUAAAUGAAAGUAAUCAUUACUUGUUUAGAGGAACAUUUCUGUUUCACAGAAUACAAGACAAAAAGUUUUUGAAUACAGUUUAGCGAGACUUGUCUUUCUGUUAGGCUAUUUGCAUUAUUUAUACAUAAAUCUAAAGGUGUCAACAAAUGGGGUGACAAAUGACUUGUAGUGGUUUUAGGGCUCAAUGUCGAAAGUUGAGUAUGUCCCAAGGUGUGACUGUGUUAAAUGAUUUGUGUGUUAGACAAUCAGGUUCUUUGUCUCAAUUCUUUUCUGAAGAAGAUUUAGAACCGCAUGAAAUUUGAGCAUCUUGCAGCAUUGUGCUCAGGUGGCACAUUGUUAUAGAGAACAGAAAGUGUAGUUAUGUGCAAACAAAAUGAAAAACCCAACAAGCCCUUUUCAUUUAAUCCACUGAUACAAUUAAUAUCUUCUUUACCCGUAGAUACUGUUACCCUGGCCUGUAUUAGGAUCUGAGUAAACAGGGUCCACGUUUCAUUCAGCAUCUGUCCCACUGGAUAACUUAAGAACAAAGACAAACUUGGUGCUCUUGGGGAAACUGGCAGGGAUCAUGUUUUGGGGUUUUAGGGAAUCUUGCACUCAUACAUCCCAUUUAUUUUCAUCAGAGUGGGAAAUAAGUCUUUAUCCAUCCUCCUGUGUCAUUUUUCUGUACCCAGGGCUGUUAAACUGUGGAAGAUGAUCUGUGACAGUUUUGUUAAACUGUAACUAUACUGACUCUGUACCAAAAGUGUUGGACUGUUGGAUUGAUUCCCUUGGGUAAUCUAACUGUUUUAAUUACAAAAAAAGAAGGAAAUGCAUUUUAGGAUUCUUUUUUUUGGUCAAUAUGACAGCGUGCUUUGUACAUAAAUGUGUUGAUGAUUAUUAAAAACCUCAAUGAUCUGUAGACAA